UUUAAAAAUGAUGUAAACAAACAUGGCAAUCAUAUACACUGGAGUAAUGGCAAACGUUAGGCCGACUCUUUUAUAUUGCACACUAGUAGUUUUAUCUACAGCUCUCCAAAAUGUGCAUUCGUUUAUGGAUAUGGAAGAGUUAAAAUCUGUAUAUUAUGGCCUUGAUAUACUGAGUGAACCUGUCGUUGUUAGCAAGCAAGUGCCCAUUGGAGCGGUACAUGUGACCUCAAAGUAUGGACAACAGUAUCAGUGCACAUUCCCUGACCACACCACAGAGGAGAAGAAAAAAGAGGAAGAAGAGAAAAUAGCUGUGGAAACUGGAAUAGUAGAGAUGCUGAGACCUAUAGGGUUAAAGGACUGUCUGUUUAAAUCAAAAGACUGGUGGAGUUAUGAAUUUUGCUAUGGAAAAUACAUCCGGCAGUUUCAUAUGGAAGAUGGGGAAAUAAAAGGCAACAUCAUUUACCUUGGCUAUUAUGAAAGUGAUUUUGAUUGGAAUAACAAAACUAUAACUGAUGAGAGGUUAAAAAGUAAAGCAACGCUACAUCGCUAUCACUCUCAGACCUACAGUAUGGGUACUAAAUGUGAUCUCACAAACCAGAUGAGGAGAGCUGAAGUCAGGUUCAUAUGUGAAGAGAACUCUGAAGAUUAUCUCGCCAGAGUGGAUGAAUCAGAGACAUGUGUGUACACUGUGACGGUCAUGACGUCAAGGAUAUGCCGCCAUCCCUACCUGAAGGCACCAACUAAAAGAAAACCUGUCCCCAUAACGUGCAAUCCUCUGUUAUCUGAGGGAGAGUUCCAAGACUACUUGUUUGAGAAAGAGGAGCUGAAAAGAAAAGAAGAAAAACAUUUUGCUGAAGCAAGAGCUGCCAUUCUGAAAGAGGAUCCUGCUGUUGACCCCGCUAAUAUAAUGACAGAAACUUUACAAAAUGCUAUGUCAGAUGCGGCCAAAGAAAUUAUUGCUUUUUCUACUGAUGAAUUAUUUAAAGAUGAACAUAAAGAGCCAAUGACACAAGAAGAGUUUCAAAAACAGUUUGGCACUGAUGAAGACCUUUGGAAGAUGUAUCUGCGUGGUCUAGAGAUAGCUAAGCUGCAACAGGAGAUGAAGAUGAAAAAGUUAGAGAAGGAAGGAGAUAAGCAGCCUGAUGAGGAUGAUGAGAUUAUCUCUGAGUUUGAUAAAGAGAUAGCAGCCAUUAAAGCCAAGUUUCAGUCAUCGCAGAUGAAGCUGUCAAAUAUAAAGAAAAAAUUGACAGGGGACAGACAGUGGGAGAAAGAAAUAGAAAAUGCUAUCAGAGAGGCCGAAGAAGAACUAGGCGUUAAAGUGGACAGAAGCUUAAUCUCAGGUCUGUCUGACACUAUUGACAAACUGGUCAGCAAGAUUCAGGACACUGAAGAAGGACUAACAACCAUGGAUGAAAACAUCGGCAAAAUUCAGAAAGGAUCAAAGACUGUGACGGUUUCUAAAGUGUUAAAGAAAGUUGAGACCGCUGAAGAGGCUGCCUUGGAUGAUAAUGGAGAUGGUGUUGUGGAGGUUGAGGUGGAGGCAGAGGAAUCCGUGGUGGGAGAUGAAAAUGUUGAAACUGGUGACGAGGAAGCUCAACAACACAAGAUGCCUCCAGCUAUACCAGAAAAGGAUGGGGAUCUGGAGGGUAAAAUUCUGGCGCCACCUAUGGAGGGAACAAAAGGGCAGAAAGAUCCUCAGCAGGCAAGUGGUUUGACUAUGGAGAGACCCCCUAAGAUGACUAAGGCCAGACCCCCUGAGAUGACUGGGGAUAGACCCCCUGAGAUGGAUGACAGGUUGAAGUUCAAAAGCGAAGACAACCUCGAGGGCUCGACUGACCUGGCAGAGAAAGCUGAAAUUAAAAUCACCAUCAACAGAGCCGAGGACGACGUCAAACUGCCGAAAAAUGUACAGAAGCUUCUGGAAGAGAGCGUGAAGAUGGAGCUCCAGAAACAGCAGCAACAAAACGGUGACCUAAAGACACUUGGGUUUGAUACUGAUCAUUCUUUUACAAAAGACAAGACAGUUCAUGUUAUCCAACAGGAGGAUGAAGAUGGGAAAACCAACAGAUUUAUUUUCGUUUUUGGCUUUAACACCUUCAAUGAUGAAACAGCAGAAAAUGCCAGACAGUCAUCUCUUGAAGAAAAUUAUGGUUUUGUUUACAAGUCCAAGAAAAAUAAGCAGCCAAACAGUUGAUGCAGAUAUGUUAUUUAUUUACCAGUCCCGAUACAAACAGUGAUAUGUUACUUGUUUUAAUUUUUCUUAACUUUUAACUUUUUUUUUUUUUUUGAUAAUAUACAGUUUGUCUAUGUGGUUUAGCUGUGGAAGAAUUUUAUUUAUUAAACUGCUUCAGGAUAAAUUGUUUCAUACAUUGAGCUGAGCUUUUCUUAAACUACUUUUUAAUUAAUUAUCUGUUAAUUUAUUAAUGCUCUCCAAUACAAAUGAAUGCAUUGCUGCAUGUAUUAUGCCGUACAGCUUGCACUAGACACCACUAUUUCAUUAUGUGGGAUCAGCUCCAUGUAUUCAACAAUGUUUAAACUAAGUCAAACCUAUUCUCAUGAGGGAAAAAUGAAAUUUUUAAUUCAUAAUUUUAUUAAAAUGGUCAAUUUUUUUAAUCUUCUUUUAGUUUUUUAAAAAUGUUGCAUUGGAAAUGUAGUACAUAAAAGGGAAAAAAAUUAUUAGGGUUAUUUAUUUUUUUCAUCUAUUUAUACCCACCCUUUUUGUUCUUUCCUGCCUCAUGUGGGUAAUACAGUAUUGGACAGCCUAUGGAAUCUAUUAAUUUAUUCAAUUCAGUGUUUAAGAAGAUGUUCUUACACACAUUUUUCCUUUUUAGCUCUAUCUUGACUUGUGUGCAACAGCCAAUUUCAAUUAAAUGUUUAAGAUCUGAUUGUUAGUCUAAGUCAAUGAUCGCUGUGGGAUUUUAAAUAUAAAAUAUUUUUCAAAGAACAAGAUACCAAACUGUGAACGGUUGACAAAAUAUUUUGGAAGCCCACAUUAUUUAACCCAGUGUUAUGAUCAAAGUUACAAUUUUAUCACAUUUUGUUAUUAGAUAUCAGUUUAGUAAAAUGAUUCUGAAUGUACUAGUUAUUCAGAAGACGGCUGUAUAUGUUUAUUAUUGUGUCAACAUGUUACUAGUAUCAGAAAACCUGACACAACUCUGACUGCCACGGAUUCAGUAUUUUAAAAUGACACAAAAUGCUUUCAGCAUAAAUAUUGUCAUAUUUUUCAAUAUUUAUAUCAUUUUGUUUAUUAAAUAUCAUUUUUUGGUGAGGGUUGUUUAUUUAUUAUUUUUAGAAACUAUUUUUUAAAACUAUUAGAAGAAAUAUUUUGCAAUGCAGACAUUUUCCAAUAGAAUUUUUCACACGUAAAUGUUAAAAGCAUUUUAUCAAAACAUGUAAAUAUAUGAAAUUAAAAAUCAAAAUUAAUUCUUUUUGACAAAAAAGAAUCCUCCAAGCCAGUUUCUUUCAAUUUUCUUUGAAGGGUUAGCCAAGCUGUCAGCUGUACCAGUUUCAGGGUUCUUAAAUCUGAACAGCUUUUUGACUAUAUCGAUAAGUGAUAGUUUGUUUCAAAACUAAAAUAAUUAGAUGAUGUAGUAUUCUAUGUUUGAUAGGCCAAUAAAAGAUUGUUCAGUAGCAUUUCUAAGAACUCUGUACAUUUUGUUUGCAAGCUUAACACCAAUACAUAUUUUCUUUUUUUUUUCUUGAUGAUCUUCCAUUGUUUUCUAAUUCAACACAUUAUUAAUUUAAAAAAGAAAGGUAAAAAUGAAUACUGCUUUAUAUUCACUAGUAAUGUUGUAACCUCUAGUUGAAAGACCUUUGUCAGUUUGACAAUAACAUUGUCAUAUAAUUUAUACAACAACUGACAGAUAUUAAUUUAUUCUUGCAUUCCAUGUCGCUGAUUUAAAGUGUCAUUUUUGUUGCCAAGUUUUAAAUAAUAAUGCUUUAGGCAUGUACUGAUGCAUGUUUUAGGUGUUGUUAUGAAUUUAGAAUCAGCCUGAUAUUUGUUGCUUUUUUCUACUUGCACGCAAUAAGAUUGUGUUUUAUUACAUGGGCCCACUUUCUACAUUGAAUAAAUAGAUUUAUUCUGCAACAUUUAUUAAUAGGAUAUUGCUGUAAUUUGCUGUAAAAUUUAUAUUAGAACACGUAAUGAAAUUAAAACAAUUUCCUUGUAUUGUUGAGAAAGUUCAAUGUUUUAAAUUUAAAAUUUUAAAAAAUUCCAACUAAGCAGCUUUUGAAAUUGUAUUUAUCAGAUGCAUAGGGCUUUUUUAAUAUAAUAAUUUUUAAAUUGUGUACUUUAACAUCAUGAGCUGUAGCACCAUAAUGUAUAGCACCAUGGAUUGUUUCCCUUGGGGUGGCUAAAUUUUAUGAUCAAUGACCACUGUAACAGAACAAGUCUGUUGUCCACAUUCACUCAGUUAACUAGUCUGCUACAUAGCAGUUAAACUCUGACUUAACUAAAUGCUACUCAAAUACUACCUGCAUACAUGUUAUCUGUAACAUUGAAACUAUGCGACUCAGUUAAAAGUUAUUAAAAUAUGACCU